GGCCCAGUUUUUAGCUCUCUUCAUUUCUGUUCGUUCUUCGUAUCUUUUUGUUCUAACCCUAACCUUUCUGCGCCUCUUUCUUCUGCAGCUGCUAAACCAGACACUGAAAAAUUCGUAAAAACUAAACUCAAACUCAAACCCGUGUCUCCAUCUUUUUCCUCUGCAUCCUCAAAACCCAAAUUCUCCAACAAACCCAAAGACAACAACACCAGUUUGUUUCUCGUUAAACAAACCCCAUUACUUCACCUUUUGUACCAAGAAACAAAACUGGUCGAUCUGAAUUGUUCUUUGUGAUGCGAUCAAAAGGGGAAAAUGGGCGGGAUUGUUCUCGCUCUCUCACCUAUAAAUAAAGUCCUAAAUCUUUCUGUUUUGCUCACUGAAAUCAUGAAAAUCAGUACUAAUCAAAGGUUGAAAACGAUGGAGGGUCUGGUGCUGUUCCUCGAAGGUUCACAGGGCAACCUGGAGCUGUGCAAUCCAAAUGAAAGUUGCCAACAAUAAGGUUGGUUUGGUCAUUGGUAAAGGAGGUGAUACCAUAAAACAAAUGCAAGCUAGUUCUGGCGCUCGUAUCCAGGGGAUACCAUUGCAUCCGCCACCUGGUGAUACCUCAACAGAAAGAACUGUGUAUAUAGAUGGCACUCCGCUGAUGAAAGCAACUGAAAUCUCUUACUUGGUAUGUGAGGUUGUUUUUUUUAUUAUAAGAGGUUUUUGUAAGCAAUCCCUGACAUGCAUAUGUUUUGUUACUCAGAUUAUCUAUAUACAUUGAUUGCAGGCCUGCAAAGGUGGUCAGUGAGAUACACAAAUAUUUGAAACGGUAAACGGAUAACUUCUCUUAAAGUUACAUGCCAAAGACUAGUAUCGUAAGAGUUGGACAUUUAGCAGGUUACUUACUCAUAUCUAAAUUUACCGUUAGGUGGGUUUAGUUAAUGCAUCAUGAGUAUAAAAAAGCCCGUUCUCUAUUUGCUGGUGUUUAUUAAGCAAUUGAGUUGCAUGAAAAUUAUAGGCUCUAUGUGACGUCUUGCUCUAGCAGAUACACCCCUUUCCACAAGCUAUCUACUGAGAAAUUUUUCCUGGUUGAAUGUUUCUUAUCUUAUAAUGAUCUUUUUUUACUUUUUGCC